AUGUUACUGGUGACUGUACCUACCAUUUGUUCUAUAUCCAGAGAUAAAGGUGGGAGGAUCAUCAAGUGGAUCACUAGUUCAUGGGAAAGGAUAAGGUCAGCCAAUGUUUCUCGAGAUCCAGUAUCUGCGUUUAACGUGUCGCCUGAUGGGAAGCUCCUAGCAGUAGCCUUGGUAUCUGCGUCACUAGAUUCGAGUGCUAGGGUGACAUUGAUCAGGGAGAAGAAAAACGAUGAAUCGAGCUUUUGGACUGCUAUUUUGAUCAUCUUAUUCGCGAUGGCUGUGUACUACGCCAGAACCGGAAGUUUUCUUCCUCUGACGAAGUGA